AUGAUAUUUGAUAAAAAAUCAACUUUAGAAAAAUAAGAAACUAAGGGUGUAAAAGAUCAAAACAUAAUUUAAAAUCAAAACAAUUGUUGUUGUGAAGCAUAAUUCAGAAAUAAUAAGCAAGAUCCCUAAAAAUAUUAUAAAGGCUAGAUUUGGAAUUCAUAAAAAGCUCGAUUUGAGCAAAUUUAAUUUAAAAUAGAAAUUAUGUUGGAUAAUAAAAUUAAGUACACUUUAUCCAAUGGCUCUAUUAUUGAAUUGUACUAAAUUAUGAAAUUAAAUACUAGAAAUGAUUUUAAUGAUCCUGAAAUGAAGAUUCAAGAGUUGGUAAAUUUAGAAUAAAUUAAAUAUCUUCGUUGGUAAGGAAAAUACGGUGAAAAUUAGCAGAAAAUUGGAAAGUGGAUAGCAUUAUGGAAAGGAGAAAGAAUUUUCGAUUCAGGUGGAUAUUACUGUAAAGAUGGAUUUAAAUAAGGAUAAUGGAAAGAAUUAAUUAAAAAUUACUCAAGGUUUUUAGAAUUUUUAAUUCUAAAUUAGUUAAAACAAAGCUUUUGAAAUUGGAGAAUAUUUUAAUGGUUAUAAAAUAGGUACCUGGUAAUAAAUUUUUGAAGAUUAAGUGAUGUAUAUUUUUAAUAUUCAAUAUGUAGUGGAAAUGGAUUUUACGACGACUCUGGUCUAAAAACCUCAAAAUGGAUAGAGUAGGAUUAUUAUUUUUGGAAGUAUUAAAGUCAAUUUUUGGUUAGAUUUUAUUAAGUUAUUUAAUAAGGAGAGUAUAAAUUUGGUCUAAAAAUAGGGAGAUGGGAUAUAUUUCAUAGAACGGAGAACGAUAAACCAUAUGAAAAAAUGUAAGACAAAUAUAUAAGUUUUAUUUAAUAGUGGAGGAGGAUAUUAUGAUCAAUAAGUAGAUUAGUAAAAUUCUGAAAUAAAAAAAGGUUUUUGGAUUGAAGUGGGUAAAGGAUUAUUUAUGUAUAUUUUUAUUAAAUAAAAAAUAGGUAUGAUUUAGUCACUUUUAAUGGUGAAUAUUAAUAUGGCAAAAAAGUUGGUAAAUGGACAACACAUAUAAGAAAUCAUAAUUUUAGUUAUGAAAAAAUGUAUAAAUUGUUGAAAAUAUAUUUUGUAUAUAGUGGUGGUGGUUAUUAUGACAAUCAUCAAGAAGGUCAUAAAAGCUUAGAUGUAGAUAUUAAGACAGGUAAAUGGAUUGAAUGGAAUGAAGAGUAGUUUAAAUGAUUAAAUUUUUAGUCAUUCUUGGGUUAUAUAUGAAGGUGAAUAUAAAAAUGGAUUGAAAGUUGGAUUAUGGAAUACAUUUUAUAAAUGUGAUAGUACCACUCCUUUUUAUAUGAUGUAAAAAUAUUGUUUUACAGGAUUUGUUUAUAGAGGCGGAGGUUUAUAUAAAAUAGACAUUGAGAAGGGUUCCAUAAAAACAGGAAUGUGGAUUGAGUUAAGCAUAGAUUUUUAAUGGUAGUUAAAUUGGAAAUAAUCAAUUAUUUAGGGACAAUAUCACAAUAUAUUAAGGAGAGUAUAAAAAUGGUUUAAAAAUUGGUAGAUGGGAAAUAUUUUAGAGAUUAGAUAUUUUAAAAAAUUAUGAAAUGAUGUAAAUUUAUUUAAAAGGAAUUUUUAUAGUGGGGGAGGAUAAUAUUAAGGAGAUGAUGAUGGUUUUAAUAAUGGAAUUAAAACAGGUAAAUGGGUGGAUUUAAGUGAUAAGUAAAUUUCAUUUAAUCUAUUAGAUUUAGAUAUGGUUUAAUUACUUAUUAUGGAGGAUAUAAAAAUGGAAAAAAAAUUGGAAAAUGGGAUAUAUUUCAAAAAUUAUAUGAUUUAAAUGAAUUGAUGUUAAAUAAUAUUUUAAUUAUUUAGAGGUGGAGGAUAAUAUUCAGAUAUAAAAUAAGGUCAUUGUGACAAUGGAAUUAAAAUUGGAAAAUGGAUAGAGUUGCAUGAUGGUUUUUGGUCGUAAUAAUUUAUUAAGAUUUAAAUUUAGUGAACUUUAAGUAACAUUUGUUGGAGAAUAUGUAAAUGGUAAAAAAAUUGGUUAAUGGGAUACUUAUUUUAAGGAAAAUUAGUAAUAUAUAAAAAUGUAAUUUUUAUUAAAAGAUUCUUUAUUUAGUGGUGGAGGGUAGUAUGUUUAUCAAUAAAAUUUCUGGGAUUGUGACUAUUAAGCAACUAAGAUUGGGAAAUGGAUAGAAUUGAAUGAUGGAUUUUGGCGGUAAUAAAAAUUAUUUAAAAUUUAGUCUUAAUUAAGUCACUUGUAUUGGAGAAUAUAAAAAUGGGAUAAAAGUAGGUAGAUGGAAUGAUUAUUAAAAAGACUUUAAAAAUGGAGAUAUUCAAUAAAUGUAGAAAGUUAAUUUAUUUUUAGAGGAGGAGGAUUAUAUGAAGAAAGCCAUAAAAGCAAUAAUUAAAUAAUUUCAAUUAAGUAAGGAAUAUGGAUAGAAUUGAGCAAUAAUUAUGAUUAGUAUUUAUUUUCAUUCAUUAUUAUUUUAGUGAAAGUUAAUUGACCUACAAAGGUGAAUAUAAAAAUGGUUAUAAAAUUGGUAUUUGGGAAACAUUUUAAAGAUUUUAUGAUCAAGAGUGGAAAAUAGAAUAAAUGUAUGAGCAAUAAAAUAAUCAAUUUUAUAGAGGUGGUGGCUAAUAUGAGGAAAUUAAAUUGGAUGAUGAAUUAUUUUCAAUUAAGAUUGGCAAGUGGAUUGAAAUAAGCAAUGAAUUUAAGAAUUGGAAUUAAAAAAUUUACAAUGGUGAGUAUAGAGAUGGAAAAAAAUUUGGUGUGUGGUAUGAAAUGAGAAGAGAUGAAAAAUAAUUGAAGUAAGGAUUUUAAAAAAAGUAAAAUAUUAUUAAUAAUUCUAAAAUGAUAAUAGUAUGCAAAUCAAAUAUUAGUGA